UAUUUUCACCCCCCUUCCUCUCGUGCUCUCUCCUCCUCUACAUCCUCAAUCUCUCUCAGCAGCAGCAGUUUGUGCGAGAGAACUGGCACCAAACUGACGCAUCCAUGGGGCGCGCGCAGCAUCUUUAUUUCACCACAUUACAAUUUGAAGUCAUUUAGUGGAAUAUUCACGCCAACGCAACAAGCACACGUCAGUCGUUCGGCGUUUAAUCUUCAGGCUUAAAACUCUGUCGCUCCAUCUCUGUCUGUAUUUGUAACAUUUGUAGCUGUGUCGAUCUGUGGUGAUGGAUGGGGAUGCGUGUGUUCGCGUGUGGACUCGACCGCUGCAUGUGAUGCUCCAGCAGAAGAAGAUCAAAGCGCGGAGGAAAAAGCGCAAGGAGUUGUUCGGGGGACAGAUGUGCUUCAUCGGGCUGCUGCUGCUGGCGGUGUCCGGCUUGUCUAGUUUGGCCGAGAAAUCCGGUUAUAGCCUCUCCAGUCUCUCAGCCGAAGACAGUGAGAAGUGGGAGAGUCGCAGGCUGUUGCAGGACUUUGACGUUGACAACAACUACACUGAUGCGGUGCAGGUUGGGCCCAAUGCUGAAAAGAACUGCACACCGCCUGGUAUACAUGAGUUCCCUGAUGAUCUUUUCACCAACCAGGAGCGAAUGGAGGGGGCCGUAGCGCUGCAUGUUGUGUUUGCCAUGUAUAUGUUUUACGCACUGGCACUGGUGUGUGAUGACUACUUUGUGCCCUCUCUGGAGAAGAUCUGUGAGCGCUUCCAACUCAGCGAGGAUGUAGCAGGAGCCACGUUCAUGGCUGCAGGAAGUUCAGCUCCUGAACUCUUCACCUCAGUCAUUGGUGUAUUUAUCACCAAAGGAGAUGUGGGAGUGGGCACAAUCGUGGGCUCUGCUGUCUUCAACAUCCUCUGCAUCAUUGGAGUGUGUGGGAUCUUUACUCUGCAGGCAGUACGGCUCUCAUGUUGGACGUUAAUGAGAGACUCUGUGUACUACACCAUCUCAGUGACCGCUCUGAUUGUGUUCAUCUAUGAUGAGAAGGUGACAUGGUAUGAAUCGCUCAUCCUAAUAGUGCUGUACCUAUUUUACAUUAUAUUAAUGAAAUUUAACUCGCGGGUGGUUCAGUACAUUGAACGGCGGAAAAAGAACUCAGCAAAUCUGGGUAACGGCACAGCCAGUAACACUGACAUCGACGAUGGGUGUGACGCCACAGUCGUGCUGCUUAAGAAAGCAAAUUUCCACAGGAAGCCAUCAGUGCUGAUGGUGGAUGAACUCUUGUCUGCAUACCCUCAUCAACUGUCCUUCUCUGAGGCUGGAAUGAGAAUCAUGAUAACCAGCCACUUCUCCCCUCGCACACGCCUCACGAUGGCGUCCAGAAUGCUCAUUACAGAGAGGCAGCGUCUGAUAAACAGUCGUUUCAGUAACGGCGACUCAGAGGUGACUGUAAAAAUCCCUGGAAAGCAUGGGGUGGAGAAUGGGCUGGCAGGACCGGACCGAGGCCUGAACGGGCGUAAGGGAGGUCACCAUGAUGAUGACAGGGGAGGAACUGAAGCUGGCACUGACACCGAAAACGAGAAUGAGGACAAUGAAAACAAUGAGAACGAUGAGGAGGAAGAGGAGGAAGAUGACAACGAAGGACCCUUCGUACCAUACCGCUGCCCCGGUGGGGGCUUUAAUAAGCUAAAGUGGCUGCUGGCCUGGCCACUGAGUCUGCUGCUGUUCUUGACCGUGCCAAACUGUGCCUCGCCUCGUUGGGAGCGCUGGUACAUGGUCUCGUUCAUCAAUUCCACCCUCUGGAUCGCUUUCUUCUCUUACAUCAUGGUGUGGAUGGUCACAGUGAUCGGUUACACUAUGGGCAUCCCUGAUGUCAUUAUGGGUAUAACUUUCUUGGCUGCUGGCACCAGCGUUCCUGACUGUUUGGCCAGUCUAAUUGUGGCACGGCAAGGAAUGGGUGACAUGGCUAUAUCCAACUCCAUUGGUAGUAAUGUGUUUGAUAUCCUGAUAGGGCUUGGUCUGCCCUGGACUCUCCAGACUUUGGCCAUCGACUAUGGUUCCACAAUUCACCUCAACAGCAAAGGCCUGAUCUUCUCGGUUGGGCUGCUGCUGGCAUCUGUGUUUCUCACGGUUCUCGGCGUACAUUUGAACAAAUGGAAACUGGACAAGCGUUUGGGUUUCCUUUGUUUGCUGAUGUACGCUGUCUUUCUGUGUUUCUCCAUCCUCAUCGAGUUUAACGUAUUCACCUUCGUCAAUCUGCCCACCUGCCGCGAAGAAUGAGAAACGUUCCUUUUCCCGGCCCUCCCUCCUUGACCUUGCGAGGAUAAUGGCACAGGUCCUUGAUCAGAAGCAGACCGGCUCCUGUUCUGAAGGAAUAUUUAUUGAUCUAGGUGAUCCUCUAUCGAUCCUCUCUAUUUUUUUUUUUUUUUUUCAAUGGGUGCAAUAUUGAUAGAGUCUCUGGGUCUGUGGUGUUACAAGAGGAGAGAGGAUUGUGUGUGAGGAAUGGUCCUGUUGACUCAUAAUGUAUAAAGACUGUUCUGACGGGACAGGAAUGUAGUAAACGAUGACUACUGCCUGGUUUGAUGUGAAUACUUUUUGUUUUUCAAAAUAUUUUGCAUAUUACAUAUUUAAAGAAUAUGAUCUAAAUGUAUUUUAUGAUGGCAUUUAUUUUGUUAGCUGCUAAUUGAUGGAAGAAGAGACUGGACUUAUAUCGGUACAAUGAUAGGGUUCUCUGUUUUUUUGCUGAAAGGUACUGGUGACCUCUAGUAAAUCUUUUUAAUUUGGGCAUUACCAAGUCACUUCAUAUGACAGAUUGAUCCAGAUGCCUGGGUCAUCAGUGUCUACGUUUUUUUCCAAUGAGAAUAUGUUUACCAUGCAGAGAAGGUAAUAAAAGCGAAAGGUUUGAGAUCGCUUUUAGAGAGACAGCGGGCAUUUGUUUGCACCUGUGUGGAGACACAUGUUGGAACGCUACAACCAACAUUUUUAUGUUUAGUGAGACGAUAUAUGGGAUUUCUGUAGAUGUGUUUAUGAACAUUCUUUCGUCUCUAACACUCUGUAUAUACUGAAAACAGAGAAAAGUUUAUUUAUUAAUUUAUUGAAAACUAUUUAUGCACAUUGCUUUCCUAUGACGUACUGAAACGAAACCAACCCACAGCUGUCCCAAAGAAGAGACCGUUCUGGAGUUUCAGCCAGGCUACGCCGUUUUGUCCUUCAGAGCUUGUGUGUCAUCCUUUUCUACUGGAAUUCUUCUCCUUCAUCUCUGAAUAAUAUGCACCCUUUUAGAUGCACCUUUGACUUGAUGCGUAAAACAGUUUCUACUAUUUGAUAUCGGUGUGACGUGACAUCCGAGGUAAUUGUAGAGAUUUUUUGAACACUCAAAACUUUGGCAGGCAAGGGGAAAACAUAUAAAAAUAUAUAUACACACAUAUUUUAUACUUAACUGUUUUGACAUUUAAGAUCGGCCCAUUCUCUGUUAAGAGUGAAUGGAGUGAGUGAGCCACAAACUUAAGAAGCUGAUUAACAGGAACUUGUCCUGGUAAAAUGAAGCUAACAUCUAAUGUUGACAAGACUGUUUCAAAGUCAGAAGUCAUAGAUGUAAAACAAUAAAAUUCAAAGUCAUUUUUCUCUUAGCAUGCCGCUCUGAUGUUAGAGUUUAUCAAGAUAUCCUCUCAGUAAAACAAUGAUCACAAUUCAUUUCCAAGGAUGUAUAGGUAAUAAUUUGGAUUUUUCAGAUGUUCUUUAUGCUGAUGUGACUAGGACUCAUUUUUUGGCCUUCUUUUAGAGGGAAGAUUUAAAUACUUUGUUUUGUAUGCCUCUGCUUCUGGGGGUUGUAAAAAGACACCUCCACAAUGUUUCACAGCUGUAAACUUUUAACUGUGGCAUAAUGUGUGGACUAUUCUCCUUACAGAGGUUUUUAGUGAGCUGACAAAGUAGCGAUUCUAUGGACUCUUUUUAGUCUAGUUAGAAACGUCAUGCAGGUUUUUCUAGUCCGCAGGCACAUUGCAGGGAAAUUUUGUGUUUUAUGCACUGGUUGAUACUGGGUGUGCAAUUGUCAUAUUUUAAGGAUGGAAUUUAGAUUACAUUUAUGGAAGAGUAUUGCGGAAAAGUAUUUUUUAUCUCAAACGCAACUUUGUAUUUUGUUACGCAAAAUGUUUAGAAAUGUUUCCUGCUGUUAAAUGCCUGUAGGCCGUGCUUCAAGUGAAUUCUUUAGCUAAAAAAAACCUAAAAAAAACAAAACAAAAAAACGAAUUUGACAAAUUACUGUCAAAGUAGUUUUAGCAUGUUUAAAAUCAAAGGUCACACUUUGUAGGUCAUUCUUUUAUCAAUGAUAUAAAAAGGAUACUUUUUCCCUAGGUCAUAUGAGCAAAUAUGGACAUUUUGUUUUCUAUGUUACUCAUAAUAGACAUUAGGCCUAGUUUACUUCCCAAAAAUGCAACAGAAGGCCUAGGGUUUAAGCAAUGUGAUAUUCCUGGUAAAUAUAAGCUAGGUGUAAUCCAAGUAGAGUGUAUGAGCUGUGUUUGGAUGCUGAGGAUAGUUCAUUAUUUUCUUCUUCGUAAAGCAGGGUAUUAUAAGGAAGAUUUCGGGAAGGCAGGGUUUAAUGAAAAGUUUUGUUCAUCAAAUGCAAUAAUGUGUAGAUUAAAUAUGUGUUUGUGUUUUUUCUUGUAAAUCCUAAACAUGACACAUCACAUUCUUAGAGUCAUAUACUGUAUUUCAGUAAGUUUUGACAGAGUUUGUGCACUCUAAAUGCUCGAUAUCAAGGAUAGUAAAAAGAGGCUUUGAGAUGCAACAAAAUUAACUAUCACUGCAACUGUAAUGCUUCAGAAUAUGUGCACAGCUGCUUACAGGUUGUGGGACAUUAAUGCCUAUGUUUAUGGUUGCAAUAUACCAGCCAUAGUGAUCUACAGAUUCAAUAGUUAUUAUCUGAUCGAUGCUAUUUGGUCAUCAUCACUUCUGAAAAUCAAAGUGCUGCUGUUCGUUCCUACGCACAAAUAUAAUGAGAAUAAUAAUGGGGGCAUGCACAACCAAUUAGCCCACAAUUAGACAAGUUACAGCACUCUUAUUUCCUUUUCUUGUCUGAUGAUAUUUCUUCAUGGAUUCAGGCAUAUUUUAAUAAAAAGUGACUUUUACAGGGUGAUGCAUUGCUGAUGUACAUAAUUAUACAUACAAGAAAAUGUCUUCAUAUUUUUGUCUUUGCCUGUAUAUCUGUUGACAAUAUUUUCAUAGAUACUGUACAAUGUUUGGGUCCUUUAUUUGUUUCUUUUAUUUUUGUUGUUGUGUUGAGGGUUUGAACACCCUUGGUUUGCUAAGUUGCAUGGGAUAUUUUAAUAUAAGGAAUUAUUUAUGUUCAUUACUAUUACACAUUGUUGAGCACUGGAUGGACAGCAGUGAAAUUAGACCUCUUAGAUUAUUGCAUGUUUUCAUUUUUCUUUUUCUUUUUUUUUUCCAAUGGAAAACUCUCCAAUGAAAGCAUAGAUAUUUCAUUCUGAUUAUUUGAUGUCUUCUGCAUUUCAGGAAUCAUAAAAAGAAUGGUUUUUGGCUUUAUGUACUAAACUAUUUUGUUCAGGUGUUUCAGUUGUAUAUCAGAGGAGUAUUUUUUUUUAUUUUUUUUUUUUGCUACUUGACCAUAAUUAAAAUGAUCUUUGCUGAGGUUAA